AUGUCAGAUUAUUAUUUGGGUAUAUGGGCUGGUUGUCCAAAACCUUUUCAAUAUACCGAUAACCAAAGACGUAUGUUUAACAUAGCAUCAGCCGAAAGUGAAGCUGAUCGUAAAGUUCCAGCUCAACCACUUAUAUUUACAACUAGUAAUGCUACAGCAACUGUUUCUACAACACCAACUCUUCGCUAUAAUUUACGUAAAUUAAGUGAAUUACCAUAUCAAUUAAUACGUUCACAACGUGAAGAGGAUUUAUAUAAGAAUGUUUUAUUUAAUUAUGAUUUUAUGCAUGCAAAAUUAUCAUGUAUGCCAUUAAAUUUAUGUAUAUUUGAUUAUGAAAGUGCAUUAGAAUUUGUUUUUGACAAAGAAGUUAAAUUAGUAAGUGAUGCACUUCGUUUAUCAAGUUCAGUUUUAGCUUCUGAUCCAAAUAAUUUACCAUGUCAGAUAAUUGGUCGUCUACUUCCGUUUUAUAAAACAUGUCAUAGAAUAGCUUCACUUAUUGAUCAAUGUGAAAGUACUGGUUUACAAGUAAUGGGUCUUGUACCAGCAAUUAAUACAUUAGCAUCACCUGGUGGUCCACUUGUUUAUUCAUUAGAAGCUCAUGCAUUUGCUGUUUAUGGUCUUGAAGUUAUCUCGUCUGGACAAUCUCUUCUUACUGUAUCAAAUAGAUUUAUUGUUUUUGAUUUAUCAAGUGGUGAUAUUGUACGUAUUAUUGAUCCUAAAAUUGAAGGUAUUAUGACAUAUUUAGCUAUUGCACCUGAUCAACGUUAUUGUGUAACAACGACAAUAAGUAAUCAAUAUAUUAUAUGUAAUUUAUUAACUGGAGACUUUAUUUUACGUGAUUAUAAUCCACCGACAAAUAAUCAACAACAAACAGGUGGAAAUACAGCUAAAGCUAAAGCAACUAGUGGACAACCAGUUGAUCCAUUAUUAGGUGCAUCUGCAAGUAAUACUCAUUUUGCAUUAUGGACUACAAAAAUGUAUCAAGUGUUUACACGUAAAGGUGAAUUACUUACAACUGAAUCAACACGUUUUCCGAUCAUUCAAAUUGAAGUAUUAGAUGGUCCACAAGUAGAACUUGUUUGUCGUUCUGAAGAUGUAAAAGAAGAUCAAGAUGUAGCUCGUGAUCGUUUAAUAAUAGAUUAUUGUUUUGUUACAAAUAAUGAUACAAACAAUAAUAAUGGUUCUUCACGUUGUUUAGCUGGUGGAAGAAAAAAUAUACAUAGUGCACUCGUAUUAACACGUGAUAAACGACGUAUGUAUACAUGUUGUGAAAUAAAUGAUUAUAAUAUUGAAAUGUAUCUUAAUGAACCACAUCCGGUUCAUUAUGCUACUCAACGUAUAUGGGCAUUUGAUCAUCAAUUAUAUGAAAAUAAAGAGCGCAUAUUCACAUUAAUAUUAAGUGCCGAUGAAAAUUAUCUUAUGGCAGUUACAUUCAAAGGUUUUAAAAUCUUUUCAUUUCGAUCAUAUUUAUGGAAAACAUGUUUAUUACCUGGUAGUGUACGAAAUAUAAUGAGUGGUUAUAAACGUUUAACAUAUACCGCAGCAUUUUCUCAGGAUAAUAGAUAUUUGAUAGCAUGUAUUAAAUCAACUGUUUAUGUAUUUGAAAUCCAAUGGGGUGACUUAGUAGCUUCAUUUGAUUCACAUUUUGGUCGUAUACUUGUUGUAAAAUGUUUAUCAGCUGGUAGCACUGGAAAUAACUAUGUUAUAACGACUGGUAUCGAUAAAACAACAAAAGUAUGGGAUUUACAAAAUGCAAAAGAAAAAUCUAUAUCAAUAGCACAAUUAGAUAAAUGUAUUGAAAUGAUGCAUAUAUCAACCGAAACAAAAUUAAUAAUGGCACAAUCACGUACACAAUUAUGUUUAUUUGAUAUGAGAAGUGGAAUAAUGACAGGACAAUUAUCUAGUAAUCCACAUGGAUCAAUUUAUCAAUGUACAGCUUUGUGUGCAAAUGGUUUAUUUGCAGCAUCAGCUGAAUCAGGUAAUUUUGUAAUAUAUGAUAUUGAAGAACGAAAAACAUCAUUUAUAACACCAUUAAAAAGUGUUUUUCAACUUCUUCUUCAUUCAGCUGAAACAAUGAUUUUAGUUUUAACUACUGAACUAGUUGCACUCACAACUGGUUCAAGUGCAUUGAUUGAUACACCUGUGAAUACUAGUCCAAAUGGUCAAACUGUUCGAGCUAUUUCAUAUGGAAUACCUGAUGGUGAUAUUAUUUAUGAAAUCCUAGCAAAUAUGAAACGUUCAAAUCAACCAAAAAAAGUUAUAUGUACAGCAGAUGAUACAUAUUUUGUAUUUAUUGAAGAGAAAAAAAAUGCUGAGCUACUUGCAUUAUAUGAUCCGAUGACUGGUGAACAUGUACAUAAUGUUAAAUUAAGUUAUCCAGCUUAUAAAGAGAUUACUUUAAUGGUUACAAUACCACAACAACCUUAUCUUAUUGGUUUAAUUGAUUCGGAGAAAGGCAUUGUUAUGAAUGUUAGAGAUAAAAGGGUUCAUUUCACAAUACCAAAAUGGGGUGGUCAAAUAUCAUCCGACGGUAAAUAUGGUUUAUAUGCUCCAACACGUGGUGGUCUUGAAAUAUUUGAUUUUCGAAAUGGAAAAGUAGUUCGAACAUUAAUACCUAAAGUAGCUGAAGGUGUAUUUGAUGUGAUGGCAUUUUUUACUCCGACAAAUGAACAUGUUAUAUAUUAUCAUAAAGGUAAACGAACCAUACGUGUAUUUCGUACAGAAGAUGGUCUUCAAUUAGCUGAUAUGAAAUGUCCAGCUAAAGUUCGACAAGCAACUGCAACAAAUGAUGGACGAAUAUUAGUUGUUGGAUAUGAAGAUGGAGCUAUCCAAGUGUUUUUAAUUGUUGAUCAUUCCAAUGAAUCAGUUGUUGAUUAUUUACGAAAUUGGAGAAUACGCCAACUUCAAUCAAUAGCAGAACCUGAACGACAAGAAACUGCUGAGAAACAAUCUGAAUGA